GCAAGGUUCUCAUUGGCCACGGCGUGAACGUUGACUUGUCACGUGAUUUAAACUUCGUUUUUGAUGGCGCGGGAAGUUGCUACCCCGCACAGUUAACGUUUUCGCAGAGAUUUGUUGACAUUUUUGCGGCUUUUGUUGAUCCCUUCGCUGAGUCAUGAGUGUGUUGGAGGUGAAGUUCAUCGGGGAUGCAGAGGUUGUGGAGCAUAUCGUGGACAAACAGGAGGAGGUGCACAGCUGUUCUGGGGCUUUCCAGAAGAUGGUCACGUUCAAGAACCAAGCAGGAAGACCAACUAUAGAAGACCCGUACGGGAAGGAAGGGGAUGACAACGGCGUCCUUGAUGAGCAGAACUAUGUCCAAGCUAUUUGUGCAGACAAUGCAGAAGAUGAAGAAGAUAUGUCCAGAGUUUCCGGAACCUCCAUUUUCACCUUUCAGAAAAACAAACGAGGCCACAGCAUGGCCCAGACUGCAAGCGAGCUGGCACGGACCCCAGGAAAAAGUGUGAGCUUCAGUGAAACUCCCUCCACUCCCACUCGGACAGGCCGCAACCAGAAAACCGACAACAGAACACCACAGAGGCGCAAAAAGGUGCAGUUUGUGUCCACAACUCCCCACAGGCUCAGGAAGCGAAUGACAACGCCGAGCCUAAGAUCGGACAGCGACAGCGAUCUUUCUCCGUCUGAUUCCGGUGAGGAGGAAGAUGAAGUCCUGGUGGAAGACGAGCAGAAAUUAGAAAAAGACGGCAACGAAAACAAGGCCCUAAGAACACCCGGUAAAGGUCUGUCGGCAGCACUUUACAAGACCCCCUCCAAAAAGAGCAAGAGCACUCCCGAGUCUGCCAAGCGGCCCAGCAUGGUCGAAGAGUAUUUUGAGGCCCACGGCAGCUCAAAGGUUGUGACGUCAGACCGCACCCUUCAACGUCUACACACACCUAAAUUAGACCGGGAGACGCUUGUGCAGCUUUUAGAGGGGAAGCCAUCGUGCUACCUGGCAGAGAUCCAGCAGCUCCACGACAAACACAAACAGCACUUCAGCAAAUGGAUGCUCCAGCUACAGUUGGGAUUCAGUGUGCUGCUCUACGGUUUGGGCAGCAAGAAGUUUCUGCUGGAGGACUUCCGCCUGUCUUACUUGUCUCAACACAUGCACCUCGUGGUCAACGGGUUCUUCCCCUCCAUCACGCUGAAAUCUAUCUUGAACGCCCUGACAUGCGACAUCCUCGAGCACCAGGGGAGUUUCCGAACGCCGUCCGACCAGAUUCAGUACAUCUCGCGGGCCCUGAGAGAGAGCCCAGAUCGUCAUAUCUACUUGUUGAUCAAUAAUAUUGACGGACCUAUGCUGCGUGGGGAGAAGACCCAGAGUGCACUGGGGCAGCUGGCGUCCCUGCCCAACGUUCACCUGGUGGCUACUAUCGACCACAUCAAUGCUCCUCUUGUGUGGGACCAGUUCAAGCAGAGCCAGUUCAACUGGCUGUGGUGGGAGUGUGUGACGUUCCAGCACUACGCCGAGGAGACAUCCUAUGAGAACUCUCUUCUGGUUCAGCAAACGGGUGCCCUGGCCCUGUCCUCCCUUACACAUGUGCUCCGCAGCUUGACGCCGAACGCAAGAGGUAUUUUCAAACUACUGGUUGAAUUUCAGCUGGAGAACAAAGACAACCCUUCAUACACAGGGUUGUCAUUCCAAGACUUCUACCAGCGUUGCCGGGAGUCCUUCCUGGUGAACUCUGACCUCACUCUGAGGACACAGCUGACCGAGUUCAGAGACCACAAACUGAUUCGGACACGCAAGGGUGUGGAUGGUGUGGAGUGUCUGCUGGUUGCUGUGCCCGCCAGCACACUGAUGGACUACUUGGAGAACGAGGAACAGGACUGAGAAGACCGCUCUUCUGUAAAUUGAACGUACCUUUUUUCACCUUACUAGACAAUUAAAAUGAUAUAAAGUGAAAGUUCCGGCAUGCGUGUUGUGGACAGAUGGAAACAGAACACAAGUUGUUAACAUAUUGCAAACUCAGCUCUUUAAUUACAGAAAUAGACCAAGUUAAAUAUACAUUGUUCAGUUCUUCCAAAGGCAGGCAUUCAACAUUCAAAAAAUGAAAGCCAUCAUUUGGUUGGUAGACAUCUGAGCAUAUUUGAAGUGUAGGUGGCUGUGUGGAUAGGAGGACAAAGGGCCAGAACUAGGUUUCAUUGUAAAAUGUCAGCAGAUUUCUGAGGUGGCGAGUCUGGCAGUGUUUCCGGGGAGUCCAGCGUGCAAGUCCUGAGUCGGUUCUGCGUCUCCGUGUGGACGACGCGCAGCUCGUCGGGGUCCAAGUCCCUCAGCAGAAGCAGCACCGCGUCCAGAGUGGUCAUUGUCCUGUUGGAACACCCGACUGCGCCCAAGACCCAACCUCUGGGUCCUGAGGAAUUUGGAGAUUUGGUGCGGUGUUUGGAGUUGCAGACAUGCAAAGGACUUUGGGCCAUCAGCACCAGUGGGGAACAUUUGGCUAGCUGAACAAGUUGCACAACACUGGAGUGUUUGCUGCCCAAGAACCUCCCAAGUGGCAGGCGGCCACCAGUUUUCACGGCUUAAACUCAAGUAAAGAGCCCGUCUUUAAGAAACCGAGCCAGUGUUGUCAUUUCGGAGCCACAGGAAGCCCGUUGGUAGAGACUGGCUUCUGGGUCGUCUUUAGCGGCGAGCUGAUCUCCUCGCCGACCAAGUGCGCCAAGGCGGUCUCUUCCUCCGUCACCACUGUACACAUGCAGCAAGGAAAGGUGACACCUCAAGUGGUUCUCCAACUUUUUUCACCAAGUAACCACCUUAGAAAACACUUGUAGCGUAGUAGGCCUAAUUAUAUAUUAAAAACAAGGUAUAUUUAACAAGUAUAUUUAAUAUUUUGGCCACGGUGACAUUACGCUCAGUUUGAACAGUAACACUGUUUGAAUGUGGGGAAUAAAACACUGUACUUUAA